AUGGCGUCUCGGGCAGGAGCCGCAGGACUCACGAAUGAGGAAGCCACGAUGGGCUCUCGUGAACCCACGUCGACUCGCCCCAAACUCGCUGAAACUCCAUCUUCUUCUCACUCCCUUCAACGCAUCGACAGCCCAUCAACCAGACUUCAAACAACCGCAGUGUCGGCUUGUAAGCUUCUCACUACCUCCCCAGCAGGCAUGCCAUUCAAUCAAAAAGCGCCCACCCGUCAAUGUACAGACCGUCGCCGCGACGCUGCUACUGACUCCAGCUCUGUCUUGGCGCAUUCUACCACGACGACCACCACAGGCUCAACGGUUCCGUCUGAGCUCCAAUCAAGCAAUCUUGGUAAUUCCUCCCACUGCGUUGAUCUAGACGACUUUUGUGUUCCACUAGGCGCGAGAGUCCUCAGUGCACCACCAUUGCGACAGCUUAAAGCGGCAUUAGAGCAGUUAAAAGAUCAACUUUCAAGCCCCAACCCGCCAUCGUCCCAGUACCUACUUCUGCAAGACCCGGGAGAAAACCUAUUCUCAAAAAUCAAAGACGACGAGGAGCUCUUUCCCGGUGUGCGACUGACAAUCUCGUCCCUUCGCCAGGAAGUACUGUUCAAAGCCAUGCCAGGCCACCAACACAAUUCAAUCGUUGGCGUUUUCAUUGAAGCUAUAACCCUCCAGCUGUCCGCAAUGGGCCUUGCCCAUGUCAAUCGGGCGUACGCAGCCCGCCCUUCACCAAGAACACAAGGAAAGUCUGUGGCCAAAGAGCCUGACUGGUGGUUGUCACCAACCGAUGUCUUCGAUGGGAAGGGAGGGGGCGGGGAUUCCCUACCCUGCCUGGCCCUUGAAGUGGGCGUUUCAGAAUCCUACUCCCAGCUGCGCAAUGACGCCCAGUGGUGGUAUAACAACUCGGACCAUCUCACCAAGACCGUCGUCAUCAUAUGCACCACUCGCAAGCCAACAUGGCGAGUAGACGUGGAGGUAUGGUCCGAAGGACCUUCCUCAAAUCCGCAUCAGACCCAAAAUCGCCCCGGCACCCCUUUCCGACGAUCGCAGAGAGUUACAUACCGAGAUGGGCAAGUUCAUGGUGCACCUUUGGUGCUGAACUUCGAAAGCAUCUUCCGCAGACCGCGAAAUCAACACGAGGGGGACAUUAUCAUCGACGCGCCGUUCCUGGAAGUCAUGUGCCUACGAGUAGUUCCUUCUUAA